UGUUGCGAAACUAUUUUACCAUCGCGGAUGUGCACAUACGUUUGCGUCUCCACCAUAAGGCGGUGACGUAACGUGCUUUGUCACCGUCGCUCCCUGCUCCGCCGUCGUUCAGGACGAGGUUGCCGGAGCUGUAGCUGCUGGUGUUGUGUGUCUGCCGAACAUGGCCGCAGGUCCUAUGUCUGUCUCUUCUAAUGCCUCCGCUACCAACGAUGGUAUUCUCAUUGGCGACAAAGUUUACUCUGAAGUGUACCUUACGAUAGACAACUCGCUGAUACCGGAGGAAAGGUUGUCUCCGACACCGUCUAUGCUCGACGGCCUCGACCUGAACACAGAAACCGACCUCCGUAUCCUUGGAUGUGAGAUYAUUCAGUCGGCGGGUAUUCUUCUCCGUUUGCCCCAGGUCGCAAUGGCAACUGGGCAGGUUCUUUUCCAUCGGUUCUUCUACUCCAAAUCCUUCGUCAAGCACAGUUUUGAGAUUGUCGCUAUGGCUUGUAUCAACUUAGCCUCCAAGAUUGAAGAAGCACCACGACGAAUAAGAGAUGUCAUCAACGUUUUUCAUCACUUGAGGCAGAUUAGAGGCAAAAAGGCUCCAAAUCCAUUGAUACUUGAUCAGAACUACAUAAAUACCAAAAACCAAGUCAUCAAAGCAGAACGACGAGUCUUGAAGGAGCUGGGCUUCUGUGUGCACGUCAAGCAUCCACACAAGAUCAUCGUUAUGUACCUCCAAUUCCUGGAAUGUGAAAAGAACCAGACACUGGUCCAGACUGCCUGGAACUACAUGAAUGAUAGCUUGAGCACGAACGUGUUUGUGAGGUUCCAAGCCGAAACCAUCGCCUGUGCCUGCAUAUUCCUCGCUGCCCGUGCUCUGCAGCUACCUCUUCCAACCAGACCUCAUUGGUACCUGCUGUUUGGAGCCAGUGAAGAGGAGAUUAAGGAAAUCUGCAUCACUACACUCAAACUCUACACCAGAAAGAAGCCUAACUAUGAGCAGUUAGAGAAGGAAGUGGAGCGACGGAAAGUGUUCUUGGCAGAUGCGAAGCUAAAGGCCAAAGGUCUGAACCCUGACGGUACCCCUGCACUGUCCUGUCUGGGUGGCUUCUCUCCUGCCUCCAAACCCUGCUCCCCCAAUGUAGUGAAGGUGGAAGAGAAGAGCCCCAAUCAGCAGGCCAUCAAACUGGUGAAGAAGGAGCCAGAAAACCGCACUCAGGUCAAGAGUCCACAUAACGGCUUGAGAAAGGAGGUGAAGAUUGGGAGGAACAGUAGAAGUGGAAGUGGUUCUCGUUCAAGAACGCGGUCACGAUCGAGAUCCCGCUCCCCUCACAGACAUUACAACAGCAGACGCAGCCGCUCAGGAACGUACAGCUCGCGAUCACGCUCGCGUUCUCACAGCCGCAGCCCCUCGCCGCGACGACAUCCACCUUCGCCCCUCCUCCCCCACCUCAAGGCCAAGGCCACCCACCACAGCAACAGCGACUCAAAGCUGAGCGGACGCCACAGUAACAGCGGGGGCGGGGGCUCUGGUCACAAGAGGAAGCGCUCUCGCUCACGGUCCCGCACUCCUGUCAAAGUGGACCGAGACAGGGACAGAGAGAGGGACCGGGAGAGGGACAGAGAGCGCAGCUCCUACGAUAUCUCUUCAAAGAAACACAAGCACGAGCGAGGAGGAGGACACCGGGACAGGAGGGACAGGGAGAGGUCCCGGUCCUACGACAGGGAGCGCAGCCACAAGAGUAAACACCACGGCAGCAGUGGACACUCAGGACACAGUCGCCACCGGCGCUGAGACACGAGCAGACCAGUCCUGGGGCUGAUGAUGGUCAAGUUUCAGUUUGCACAGAUUAAAAUCAAGUCCGGUGUGUUCUCUGAAUCAUGGAGAUACCAACGUUCAUCAGAAAUCUUCAGCCCAGGACAGAGAGAACACGCCACACUUGGUUUUUCUUUGGAGGGCUAUGUUACAUCUACCACUCCUGCUUAGUUUGUAUUUUCAGCUUUUCAUUUGUUUCCCAAAUAUGUCCAUUAAAACACUUAAAUAUGAUUUUGAACCCAAAUUUAUUAAACUAAUAGCAUUUAUUUCACCCAGUGAAGACAAUUAGAACUCCUUAAUUUACCAGACUCGUACACGCAACUUCUAAAAAUAUUUAAAUUUGUGUUGAACUUUCUGUCUUUAGCAGCACUUCAUUAUGGCUUGUUAAAGUGAUCAGUUAUAUUUACUGUUAAAAUUGAGUCUAUUCCUAAUAAGGAGGGUGGCAGCAGAGUAACAUCAGCCCCAGGCUGGAGGACCCACAUCUGGCCUACUGUGUUUCUGGUUUUCUCUGUAAAGUUACAAACUUAUUUACAAUGUAAAGGAUUGAGGACCACUGACAACAUGUGAAUGCUUUGAUUUAUAAAAGCAAAUUGUUCAGUGGAAUGAUCUAAAUAAGGAAAUGUAAAAAAAAAACUGUUCAGGAAAGAUCAAUAUGUUUGCACAUUAAGAGGCUGACAGGUAGUUUUUCUUUUUUGUUCCUUUUUUUCCCUAUUUGACAGGUUUAUGUUUUAAUGAGUGGUUCUCUUUGUUUUUUUUUUUUUUUUUUUUUGCCAUUUUCCAGCAGGAAAAGCAAAUGUAAUACAAAUAUAUUUUAGAGUUGUAAAUUUGUUACGAUGGUUUUUAUUCUGCACGUCUUCAUGUCCAAUUUUUAUUCAUUAAUAAAUAAGUUGAAGCCGUU